AUGCAACCGUUUGCCUGUAUUACCAUUCUGCUGGCCGCGCUGGGCCUCGCCCAGGCCGCCCCGGGAGUUCGUGUCGUGAACGGUGAAACAGCAGAGCUUGGGCAAUUUCCGUACCAAGUGCGCCUCACUCUGAAUCUGCCGUUUGGCAAGCGUGCCGUUUGUGGCGGAAGUCUACUCAGCGACGAGUGGGUCCUGACGGCAGCUCACUGUCUGCAAGGCGUUGAAUCGGUCGAGGUGCACCUGGGAGCAGUCGAUUUUAACGACAACACCGACGAUGGCCGACUGGUGCUGGUGUCCGAGAGUUUCUUCCAUCACGAUCGCUACAACCCGAUCUUCGUCGUGAACGACGUCGGAUUGGUGCGCCUGCCGGAGAAGGUACCGUUCAGUGAGCGCGUCCAGCCGGUUCGUCGUGCGACCGGACAGGAAGAUUUUGCUGGCCGUCUCGCCGUGCUCAGCGGCUGGGGACUUCAGGAGAACGGUGGGAAUGUGGCUGAGAAGCUUCAGUUCGCCACACUAAACGUGAUUUCGAACAAGGAGUGCGCCAAAACGUACGGUCCGCUGUUGGUGAAGAAGACUACACUGUGUGCCCGCGGCGAACAGAAGGAAUCCCCCUGCAACGGAGACUCCGGUGGACCGCUGGUGCUGGUAGACGACAACACGCUGGUCGGUGUGGUUAGCUUUGGGCACGCGACGGGAUGCGAGCGGGGACUUCCGGGAGCGUUUGCGCGUGUUACGGCCUUCAACGAUUGGAUUAACGAGAAAACGGGACUGUAAACGGGCUACAACAGCAACCUUCAGAAUACG